AUGUCCAACGUAUCGCAUGGUCGCGGCGGCGCCGCCAACAUCGGACCAGACGACACAGCUUACACAGACGGCGAGAUCGUCCGCGAAGGACCUGUUGGUAAUCAAGGCGAUGGCCCAUACUCUGCGGGGCGGGGUGGCGCUGGCAACAUCGAUGCUGAUGGCGUUGCGACCGGAACCGCUCCCCAUGACGCUGAAAUCGUUCCCGAGACGGCGGUCCGACUGAGCAAAGAAGAAUCGCACCAUGUUGGACGGGGUGGUGCCGGCAACGAGAAGCACGUAACCCCGAAGAAGCAUGAGGGUUUAGCAGAUAAGCUCAAGAAUAUGUUCAAGAAGUGA